GAGAGCUCGGGGCAACAUGGCGGCCGGUGAGCAGCAGGCAGCCCACAGGCCAGGGGCCUACAAACAGCAGAAUAAGCCACACAAAAGCGGUAGGCACCGCGGUCGUGGAGCGCAGGACAGAGAAAAUAAAGGUCGUGUUGCAGCAAAAAUUCUCGGUAAAAAAAACAAAAAAGAUCUGAGGAAACUGGACAGGCGACACAAAGCCAAUCAGAUUCGGAGACAGCGGAAAGAUGCCGUUCUUGCUGAGAAACGAAGUCUGGGCACUAAAGAUGGUCCACCGCAUCUGGUGAUAGCAAUUUCACUUCAUGCCCGAGCAGUUAAAGACGACUUAUUCAGCUUGGUGCAGAAUAAUGAAGGGGACAUACUGCAUGUAAAUGACCAGAUCAAGGGUUUGCUGGCCCUGGUCUGCCCAAAAGUCAAGCAAAGGUGGUGUUUCAUUCAGGCUAACAGAGAUGACCUCUGCUCUCUUCUGGAUUUGGCAAAGGUUGCUGACACUUUGUUGUUUCUACUGGAUCCUCAAGAAGGUUGGGAUAGUUAUGGGGAUUACUGCCUCUCUUGCCUCUUUGCCCAGGGCCUUCCAAGUUAUGUGCUUGCAGUUCAGGGCAUGAAUAAUAUUCCAAUAAAGAAAAGGGCUGAUAUCAAGAAACAGCUGAGUAAAGUCAUUGAAAACAGGUUUACUGAUGCCAAGUUGUUUCAACUGGAUACAGAACAGGAGGCUGCUGUGCUGAUAAGACAAAUUUCCACCCAGAAACAGAGACACUUGGCAUUCCGCAGUAGGCGAUCUUACAUGCUGGCGCAGAGAGCAGACUUCCAGCCAACCAAUGAGAGCGGUCUUGUGGGCACCCUCAAGCUCUCUGGUUAUGUGCGAGGACAAGAACUGAAUGUAAACAGACUGGUUCACAUUGUGGGACAUGGAGACUUUCACAUGAGCCAGAUCGAUGCACCACCUGACCCAUACCCGCUAAAUCCAAGAGUUCACAAGCCUAAGACAAAGAGUGGGCAGGAUAUGGAGAUGUCGGAUGAACCUGCAACUGGCUCGGAAAUGGAGCAAGAUAUAAAAGUCCUAAUGAGGGCAGAUCCUUCUGUACAAGAGUCAUUGCAGUGUGAGGUAGUUCCAGACCCUAUGGAAGGAGAGCAGACAUGGCCAACUGAGGAGGAGCUGAAGGAAGCGGAAGAUGCCUUAAAGGGAACAUCAAAGGUUGUGAAGAAAGUUCCAAAAGGAACAUCUGCUUAUCAGGCAGCUUGGAUCUUGGAUGAUGAAGGUGAUGGAGAAGAAGAAAGUGAUGAUGAUGAUGAUGAUGAUGAUGAUGAUGAUGAUGAGGACAUGGAAGAAGACGCUGAAGAUGCAAUGGAUGAUGCAUAUUCUGAGGAGGAAGAUGGAAGUGGAAAUGAAGAGGCAGAAGAAAGUGAGACCCUAACUAUUCCUGAUAGUACAAGGGAUGACAAAUAUGAUGAGAAUGUUGACGAGCAAGAGGAGGAGCAGAUGCUGGAGAAGUACAAAUUGCAACGACAAGAUGAGGUGUUCCCUGAUGAGGUGGACACGCCACGGGACCAGAUAGCCAGGAUCAGGUUUCAAAAAUACCGUGGCCUAAAGAGCUUUCGCACAUCACCAUGGGAUGUGAAAGAGAACCUUCCGAGGGAUUAUGCCCGCAUCUUUCAGUUUCAUGACUUCUUUAGAACCAGGAAACGUGUCUUCAAGGAAGAGGAAGAGAAGGACGAGGGUGCCAUGGUUGGUUGGUAUGUUACAGUUCACAUCAGUGCAGUUCCUGUGUCUGUUAUGGAGCAUUUCAAACAUGGGCUGCCUCUUGUCCUUUGUUCUCUUCUUCCCCAUGAACAGAAGAUGUCUGUAAUGAAUAUGCUCGUUAGGAGACAUCCUGGAAAUAAUGAGCCAAUCAAAGCCAAAGAGGAACUUAUAUUCCAUUGUGGAUUUAGGCGUUUCCGUGCAUCCCCUCUCUUUUCUCAGCACUCAUCAGCUGAUAAACACAAAUCCGAACGCUUCCUGCGCUCCGACACAUCUGUGGUUGUCACGGUGUAUGCACCCAUUACUUUCCCACCAGCGUCCGUGCUCGUGUUUAAGCAAAGAUACAAUGGAAUGCAGGAUCUGGUGGCCACUGGUUCGCUGCUGAACGUCAAUCCAGAUAGAAUUGUCAUCAAGAGGAUUGUUCUAAGUGGUCACCCAUUUAAAAUAAUGAAACGUACAGCUGUGGUGCGCUACAUGUUCUUUAAUAGAGAGGAUGUGCUGUGGUUUAAGCCAGUGGAACUUCGUACAAAGUGGGGGCGCAGGGGACAUAUUAAAGAACCCCUUGGAACCCAUGGACACAUGAAGUGCCAUUUUGAUGGGCAGCUGAAAUCGCAGGACACAGUCUUAAUGAACCUGUAUAAGCGUGUGUAUCCUAAAUGGACCUUUGACCCAUAUGUGCCUCGACCUGUCACUUGGGUUAAGAAUGAGAACACCGUUGACAUUACAGAGGUGGAAAUGGACUAAGUCACUAGUACCAGAUCUGAUUCCUAAUCGGGAGCGCCUUGAUAGAGACACACAAUUACAUUUGUAUUUAUUUUAAGCCGUGGAAUCAUGAAAUUAUAACAAAUGACAAAAUCUGUGUUGUCCACUCCUAUGUGAAACAAAUAAGGCACCUUCUGCUUCUACUCCA